CGGCCUGUGAAUUGUAAGGUCAAAAGCUGUUAUUGUUAUCAAUUUAUUUUUGUUCAAGUGCCCUCACAUGUAUCCAUCAGAACAUUGAUUGUUCUGUUUCAAGCUUUGUUGUUUCUUUCAUUGGUCUGGUCUUAAAAUUCAAUAAUUCUUAUUCACUUUGUCAGCAAGCUGAAACCAUUCCAAUCCAAGUCAAGCAUGUGAUAUGUGAUCCUAUUGCAAAUAUGACAAGAUAAGAAAGCUAAUCAAGAUUUGAAUUUGAAUUGUUUCAAUAAAUGUUCAUCUACAUUGGUAUAUUUCAUUGAAUCUUGAGAUGUCCUGUAACUAUGCAGAAGGCCUGUCUCCAUAUGAAAAUAAAGGCAAGUGUGGAUUGCCUGAAAAGUUUGAUUCGCUGGAAACAGUUCAGAAGAAGGUGAGUGAAUUGGCCACUAUGAUUCAGAAAGCUGGCCAUGUUGUCUUUCACACAGGUGCAGGUGUCAGUACUUCUGCUGGUAUUCCUGAUUUCCGUGGACCGAAAGGUGUCUGGACUUUGGAGAAGAAAGGAUUGAAGCCAGAAAUCAAUGUGUCAUGGGAUGAUGCAAAGCCCACAACCACUCACCUGGCCUUAGCAUCAUUGCAAGAGGCAGGGUAUGUGCAGUAUGUCAUCACUCAAAAUAUUGAUGGUCUCCAUUUGAAGUCUGGAUUGCCAAGGCUUAAAAUGUCAGAACUGCAUGGAAAUAUGUUCGUUCACCAGUGCAACUUCUGCAAGAGGCAGUUUGUUCGCAAGUCAGCCGUGACCACAGUUGGGGAGAAGUGCCUCAACCUGCCUUGUCCUGGAACAGGGAAGGCAGGGAGAGGAUGCCGGGGAAAGCUGCAUGACAUCAUCUUGGACUGGGAGGGCUCCCUGCCUCAAAAGGACUUGGAACUGGCUGAGAUGCACUCAGAAGUUGCUGAUCUCAGUGUUUGUUUGGGAACCACAUUGCAGAUUCUUCCCAGUGGCAACUUACCAACAUGGACAAAGAAACAUGGUGGAAAGCUGGUGAUCUGUAACCUGCAGCCCACAAAGCAUGACAAGAAGGGAGACCUGAUUAUUAACACCUAUGUUGAUGAUGUCAUGACUCAACUGUGCAAAAGGCUUGGAGUGGAGAUAAAGGAGUAUGACGAGGCCCAGGAUCCCACAAAAUGUACAGGAUCAGGUGAUCAGAUCAUUGAGUGGACUAUACCCCAGACUAGCUUCAAAGAUGCUGUCCUGCUUGAAAAGGUGAAAAAGGUCAAGGUCAAAGUGAAAGACACAAAACUGAGUGCGAAAAGAUCUGAGGAAACCAACUCCCCCUCAUCAAAGAAACUCAAAACACAGAGCCCAGGGGGAAAUGACAAUGGUUCCAGUCCAUCUAAGUCAGGUACUCACAGUGUCUGUGGCAGCCAGGAGCAGGCAGCUGUCACCAUUGGUACUGGCGCAUCUGGUGGUGGUGCUGAUGGCUGCCAGUCUGACCAGGCACCAGGUGAUGGGCUGGUGCCACCUGCACCCUCCAGUGAGGCUGCUGAGGAUGCUGAACAGGACCAGGGACACAGUGGGUUGGCUGCUGUGCCUGAUGGGAAGCCAUCAGAUGGUGGUGAGCAGCAGUAUAGCUCGUCUGUGGUGAAACUGAACACAUCCUGAAACUGACUGAUGUGCUGUUGUUAGUUGUCAUCUCAGCAUGAGUCUCAUCUCACAUCAAGUAGGAAACAAUCAUGUAUCCAUGCUGCCAUACAGUUUUCUUCCUUUUUGUUCAGUGAGAAGUUUUGCUCCUGUGUUUCAUGUAUCAUUGCACAUUUCAUGCUGACCCAUUGUAAUAGUGUGUAGUCAUGCUGAUUGAACUCAGAAAACCUUUUGUGAGGUCAUUUUAUGCAUUGAGUUUGUGUAUCAAAGCAGGAAUCAAGUGGUAACUGAUUAAACGUCCUUCAAGUCACGUUCUUGUCCUGUUUUGAGUGCUUGUGGCUACUGCAUUUACUGAAUUGUUAUGUGGACUCAAAGUUGUGUGCUCUUGUAAUUAAUAAAUUGAGUUCAUCUCAU